AUGCCUGAGUUGCCGCUGCUUCAGUUGAAGGACGUUGCUUGGUGCAAAACAAAGGGGCAACCUACCUUCACCAAUGUACACCUUACUCUGAACGAAGGUGAAGUUCUCAUCCUACAGGGCAAGAGCGGGUGUGGGAAAUCCACAUUGUUAAAAUGUAUCUCUCACUUGAAUGUGUACGAAGGCGAGGUCUUGUAUCGCGGCCAGACCCCCCAAUCGUACGGCGUCCCGUACUUCCGUACGCAGGUCGCGUACGUCCCCCAGCGCGCCUCUCUUCUUUCGGGCUCGCCCCGCGACUUCCUCACCGCCGUCUCCUCCUUCGCCGCCCAGCACGCAGUUUGCCCCACGGCUGCACUAGACCUUGCAGACACAUGGGGCGUCCCGCGCGAGCUCUGGGACCGACCGUGGGCAAGCCUGAGCGGAGGCGAAGCGCAGCGCGUGGUCCUUGCCAUCGCCGUUGGCGCGUGCAGCGCAGAGGUGCUGCUGCUCGAUGAGCCGACCUCUGCGCUGGACGGCGAGUCUACGACGGCAAUCGAGAAGCACCUCGUGUCCGCCGUGAGGGACCCGGAGGCGAAAUUGAAGGCCGUCAUCUGGGUCACGCACUCGCCGGAGCAGGGCCAGCGGGUCGGGACGCGCUUCCUUCGUGUCACUGCUGGUGGGGUGCAAGAGGUUCAUCCCGACUCAGGCGUGUGA